AUGGAACUGUACAAAGAGCUCAUAAAUGAUGGUUGGAUUCCUACGUGGACCGGAACCACAGAUCACGUUUGGCCUGAUCAGCAAUGGGCGGGUGAUACCACGAGGAUUCAUGUACGAAUGGCGAGGAAGGAUGAAAGGAUCUGGACUAUUGUAGAAUUCCAGGCACCCUUAUGCAACGAUCUUAAACCCCUGAUAAAGCAUACCGCCGUCGAGCCUGGUUCCAGCAUCUCUUUGCUUCCAUCUACAGGGGUCCGAGGAAUAGGAAAGGCGAGGUUAGGCGCGGUUCUCGGGAUAGCUCCAUUCUGCACACCAGGUUUGGGAAUAAGUAAGCCGCUGCCUCCGUUGGACGAUCCUCGAAUAGUCGGUCUCGAUAUAGAGCAAAGCACCCACGAACGACAGGGCCUGUUUCCCAUGUCUCAUGACCCCCUCAUCAGCAUCGCGAUUGUCACUUGGCGGGAGGAAUAUAUGUGCGGCUUUGUCCCCGGAAGGUGUGAUAUGGGGAGGUGUGCGCCAGACAGCCGGUACAAGAUUAUCAAGUUUGCAGAUUCCACAGAUUUGGCGGAUUGGGCUAUGGAUUGGCUUAUCAGGAACGUGCCCGACUUCAUCUGCAUUCAUAACGGUUUCAAGUACGACGUAUCCCGGUUGGCAGUUCAUUGCUCGCCUAGGUUUCAGCCCUAUUUCGUGGAACUCAACUUGGGAAAGACCGAUAAGGGAUUCGAUCUAGCAAUUCCAGGCUCCACCGUUAUAGAUACCAAUUGGUUCCUCAGCAAGCUACAUAAUGUUGAUUACCUCACGUUCAGCCUUGAUAGCCUUGCAGGUGCAAUAGGAGAGGAAGGAAAGAAGGAACACCCGACGAUGAACGUGAAAGCUGAUGACGACGACCUGGACAUGACAACCAUGAUAAUCUAUAAUAUUCACGACGCUUACCUACAUAGUAAAGUUGCUCUGAAUACCCGCUGCAUCGAGGAAAUUUGCACCAUGUGUUCCAUCUUUAAGUCCCUGAUAGCAGAUAUAACGAGGUUCAUUAGCGGCACAGUAGUUUGUUCGAUGGCGGCUUCCUUUGCCCUUUCUCUCGGCUUGGUAAUAGACUGGUCGAUCGAGGGAUGGGAGGAGGUAAAGUACAAGGGAGCCUAUGUGUUGUCCUCGGUGACAGGUUUUCACAGCAACGUGACAGUCCUAGACUUUGCAUCCAUUAUCCUAGCAUCAUGA